CUCUCUCUUCAGUGAUUAGGGUUUUGCAGCUUUCCACCCAUGCCUACGCCUAUACAUAACCUGACACUCACAGAAUGAACCGACGCAUUUCUCUCUGUUCUUUCAAGUUGUAAAAGGGUACUUCUAUGUGAUCAUACUUUCGUUUUGUUUGUCCGUUUUACAGGGAGAGCGCUUUUGUGCUUAGGGUUUUAGGUUGGUUUUCACUGUUUUGAGUGUGUUAGAAGGUGAGCCACUGAGAGCAACGACGAUGACAUGGUCUGAUGCUGGCGCUGAGUCAACCCACAAGCCAACUCGCCCGUCUCGACCAACCUACGUCCCUCCACACCUCAGAAACAACGGAGUCUCCGUCCCCGCCGACUGGGAUCAACCCAGGCUCGGUCGAACCGGUGCGAGCCGCGGCAGAGUCCGUGGACGUGGACGUGGACGUGGAGGUUGGCGUGGCUGGUUUAACCAAAACGAGCGCUGGACCCCAAACCAAAGCAAUGCCCCAUUUGGAUUCGACGAGCUAGAGGUCGUUGAUCAUGAAGAGGAGACAAACACCGUGUCCGGGUCGAUCAACUUCGAGGCGUACGACGACAUUCCGGUCCAGGCCAGUGGCUCGGACGUACCUCCACCGGUCAGUAGCUUCGCGGAAAUCGACUUAGGCGAGGGUCUGAACCGGAACAUCAAGCGGUGCAACUACGUGAGGCCCACUCCAAUUCAGCGCCACGCCAUUCCCAUUGCCAUGGCCGGGCGCGACCUAAUGGCCUGUGCCCAGACUGGGUCUGGCAAAACCGCUGCUUUUUGCUUCCCAAUCAUCUGUGGGAUUCUGAAACGGAACCAUUUUUCGAGGCCGGGUCCGGUCGCGUGCCCGCUUUCGCUUAUUCUGUCCCCGACUAGAGAGUUGACUAGUCAGAUACAUGAGGAGGCUAAGAAGUUUUCGGAUCAAACCGGGCUCAAGAUUGUUGUUGCGUAUGGCGGGGCUCCGAUGUUUCGCCAGCUCCGUAACUUGGAAAGAGGCGUUGACAUUUUAGUGGCCACACCAGGGCGGUUAGUGGAUAUGAUUGAAAAAGAAAAAGUUUCACUUAGGAUGAUAAAGUAUUUGGCAUUAGAUGAGGCUGACCGGAUGUUGGACAUGGGCUUUGAGCCCCAGAUCCGGAAGAUUGUUGAGCAAAUGGACAUGCCUCCAAGUGGUGCAAGACAAACAAUGUUUUUCAGUGCUACAUUCCCAAAUGAGAUACAGAGACUUGCAUCAGAUUUUCUUUCAAACUACAUAUUUCUGGCUGUUGGAAGAGUUGGUUCCAGCACUGAUCUUAUUGCUCAAAGAGUCGAAUUUGUUCAGGAUAUGGACAAAAGGCGUCAUCUUAUGAACCUUCUUCGAGGCCAAAGGGAAAAUGGAACCCAUGGCAAGUAUGCUUUGACCUUAGUAUUUGUGGAGACAAAGAAAGGAGCAGAUGCAUUAGAACGCUGGUUGUCCAAUAAUGGGUUUCCAGCAAUUGCAAUACAUGGUGACAAAGUUCAAAUGGAGAGAGAACGGGCUUUGAAAUCCUUCAAAAGUGGUACUACUCCCAUUCUGGUGGCAACAGAUGUUGCUUCGCGAGGUUUGGAUGUCCCGCAUGUUGCCCAUGUCAUCAAUUUUGACAUGCCAAAAGAUAUAGACGACUAUGUCCACAGGAUAGGGAGAACAGGUCGUGCUGGUAAUUCUGGUCUGGCAACUGCUUUCUUUGGUGACAAGAACUUGCCUCUUGCAAAGGCACUUGUUGAACUCAUGCAGGAAGCAAAUCAAGAAGUUCCGCUAUGGCUCAGCAAUUAUGCUGAGAGAGCAUCUACUACUGGCAAUGGUGGUCAGUCCCAGCGGUUUGGGGGCAGCAGGUUUGGCGGCAAUGACUUCCGAUCUGAGAGUGACAACUAUUAUCAUUCAAGCACUUAUGGCAAUACUGACCCUAAUGUGGACGCUUAUGCUGCUUCCUCUAAUGCUCUUUCUCACGCUGUUGCUGGCAGUGGUGAUUGUGCAGCUACUUGUGCUGAUUCCUAUGCCACUGGCUGGUGUUGAUUCUUAUUCUGCUGGUUCUUAUGGAUAUGGAUUUCAUCACUAUCUGUUGGUGCCAGUGGUUUUGAGUAGAGCCUCAUCCCUCUUAAUAUGGUAUAUGAUAAUAUAUCUUUACGUUUACAUAGAAAUAGUUGCUGAAGACUAACCGCAAUCUAGUUGAUGUUUUUCUAUACAAGUAGUUGAAGCUUUUUGGUUGGGGGAUGCGUCCUAGUUCUUACUUGUCAGGUUUUGACCUUAUUAAAUGCUCUGCCUAUCAGGGAUAUCUUUUCAUUGUUCAACUAAUUUCUCACCAGUUGGGUAUCAAGCUUCUCCUUAUAGCUGUUUGUAAUGACGAAAGUUUUUGCAAUAC